AUGGACGCUGCGGAACCUGGCCAGGACAUGGACUACCCAGCACAGCAAUCUAUUGCCUACCAGGUGUAUUCUACUGCGGGAGUAUGCCUGACGCUGAUAGUGGUGUUUUCCUUGACCAGGCUGCUGACGAAGUUCCUCUGCUUCAUGUUCUUUUCUAUGACGAUAGCUUGUGUCGCAGGAAGUGACGUCCCCCCCGGCGACGGCUCCUUUACCAAAUCGCAAAUUGUGCUCUCUCUCCUCGUCCAAAUCUUCAUGCCCUUGUCGAUCUGUUUCGUAAAGAUCUCGGUCCUUAUCCUCUACUGGCAGGUCUUCUACGUUUUGAAGUGGAUGCGCAUUGCGUGCAUCACGGGUAUGACGUGCAUCAUAGCCUUCCAGUUUUCGUUGUCAGUCGCCUUCUCCGCCAUGUGUGCGCCAUCGACAGGCUCUUCACAUAUUGACUUCUUGACUGCCUUCAUGUCCGACACGUGCAUGCAUACGCGGGCCCUCGUUGUACUUCAGGGCGUUGGCAGCGUUGUCACGGACAUGUUCCUUGUUAUUAUUCCCCUCCCGGCCGUCUUGGGUCUUCAGAUGCCCCUGAAGCGCAAGAUUGCUGUCGCGUCCAUGUUUCUGGUGGGCUUAUCAGCCUGUGCAGCCAGCAUUAUUGGCCUCAUCUAUAGAGUACGGUUUUACACAGUGUCUAAGGACAACAGCCGCCAUGCGAUCGCGAUAUGGGCAACAUCCAUGGCCGAAGAAGCAGCCGCCGUCAUGAUCUGUUGUGCGCCUACCACGGCCACAUUCUUCAAACUAGCGAAAGCCCCGGUGCGAUCCUGGCUAUCACGCGCGAGAGGAAGAGCCUUACGCCUCACCGGCUGGCACCGUUCCGACAUGCCUGACUCCGGCAGUCAGUCUAAGCUCAAGGCCAGUCUAGAGAGUGGUCGGAAUGCCGCCUACUCUCACUUGGAAGCCCGCGAAGACACCGCUGUUCGGGUUGAUACGGAGUUCGAUGCAUAUUCGCUGCGGCAAAUGAACCAGACGCGGACAUCUGCCAGUCGCGGUAUCUGA